UUCCCCGCACUACUCACUUGAGCGCCGCUACGCACGGUUGAACCUCCUCUCCGCCACUCAUGUCUCAAGACACAACUCUUUGUUUCUAACCUCCUUCAGUGGAAAAUACAGCAUCUGUUGAUGCGAUUUAGAGAUCACUUCAAGUUAAGGCGGCCGCGUCAAGUUAAUUUAAAUCCAAGCUUUGUUUGGCUCUGGGAUAAUCGUGCAGGAUCUGCGGCGGAUACACUCGUACUCCUGCGUGCGGACAGACAGAGGAGCUCAAAGGAUCUGGGUGGAUGGUUUUAAAUGUUGGCCAGCUUUAUCACAAUAUUCACUGGACGUAACUAGAAGGAGGACAAUGUUGUGGGACAAACUGUGCUGGCUACUGGCCCUGCUGGCCCUAUCGUCUGGGGGGCUGCCCCCCUCCAACGAGCCCCUCUCUGCUCCCAGGAUCUUCCUGUCCUUCAAAGAGUUAAAGUCCACCGGCACCGCCCACCACUUCUCCUUUUUGCUGAACUCGACCGACUAUCGGAUCCUUCGCAUGGAUGAGGACCACGACCGCAUGUAUGUGGGCAGCAAAGAUUAUAUCCUGUCUCUGGAUUUGCACGACAUCAACAAGGAGCCGCUCAUAAUCCACUGGCCUGUUGCCCUCCAGAGGAAAACUGAAUGUGUCCUGUCAGGGAAAGACACCAAUGGGGAAUGUGGAAACUUCAUACGUCUGAUUGAGCCUUGGAACCGGACCCACCUGUAUGUGUGUGGAACAGGCGCAUACAACCCCAUCUGCACCUACGUGGACCGAGGACGCAGGUCGCAGGGGUCCCACUACCUACAGGCACCCCAAUCUGGAGGGAGAACAAGUCGGGCAGCAGACUACAGCACUACAUCAGAUUCUUUGGAAGCGAAGGAAUACAUUUUCCGGCUUGAACCUGGUAAAGUGGAUUCUGGGAAAGGAAAAUGUCCCUAUGACCCCAAACUUAACAGCGUCUCUGCUUUGAUCAAUGGAGAGCUGUAUGCAGGAGUCUACAUUGAUUUCAUGGGAACAGACUCUGCUAUCUUUCGUACACUGGGGAAGCAGACAGCGAUGAGGACUGAUCAGUACAACUCCAGAUGGUUAAACGAUCCCACAUUCGUCCACGCACACCUCAUCCCAGACAGCGCUGAGAAGAAUGAUGACAAGCUCUACUUCUUCUUCCGCGAGAAAGCCUCUGAGAUGGGCCAGAGUCCAAUGACCCAGUCCAGAAUAGGGCGGAUCUGCCUGAAUGACGACGGUGGACACUGCUGUCUGGUCAACAAGUGGAGCACGUUUCUGAAAGCUCGACUCAUCUGCUCAGUCCCUGGAGCUGACGGCAUUGAGACACACUUUGAUGAAUUAAGGGAUGUGUAUAUCCAGCCAACUCAAGACACCAAGAAUCCUGUCAUCUAUGGAGUCUUCUCAGUUUCAGGAUCUGUGUUUAAAGGCUCGGCAGUAUGCGUCUACUCCAUGGCCGACAUCCGUAUGGUCUUCAAUGGGCCUUUUGCCCACAAGGAGGGGCCCAACUACCAGUGGGUGGCAUACACUGGGAAGAUCCCCUACCCACGCCCUGGCACUUGUCCUGGAGGCACUUUCACCCCCAACAUGAAAUCCACAAAGGAUUACCCAGAUGAGGUUAUCAACUUCAUGAGAAACCACCCCACCAUGUACAAUGCUGUAUACCCAGUGCACAAGCGCCCCCUGGUGGUCAGAACCAACGUAGACUAUGAGUUCACCACUAUUGCAGUGGACCAAGUGGCAGCUGCUGACGGAAGCUACGAGGUGCUCUUCCUGGGUACAGAUCGGGGGUCAGUCCAGAAAGUGAUAGUCCUGCCUAGAGACGACUUGCAGACAGAGGAGCUGGUCUUGGAGGAAGUGGAGGUCUUCAAGGUUCCCACAGCAAUUACCACCAUGAAGAUUUCAUCAAAACGGCAACAACUAUAUGUAGGAUCAGUCUUGGGAGUGACCCACCUGGCUCUCCAUCGCUGUGAUGUGUACGGGGAGGCCUGCGCUGACUGCUGUCUGGCCAGAGACCCGUACUGCGCCUGGGACGGAAAAUCCUGCUCCAGAUACUCAUCCUCACAGAAGAGACGUAGCCGUAGGCAGGAUGUAAAGUACGGCAACCCAAUCCGCCAAUGCAGAGGUUACAACUCCAACACCAAUAAGAAUACUCUGGAGACAGUUCAGUAUGGAGUGGAGGGCAGCACUACGUUCCUGGAGUGCCAGGCCAGGUCCCCUCAUGUGUCUCUCAAGUGGCACCUGCAGAAGGAAAACAGUGACAGGAGAAAAGAGAUUCGCUCAGAGGGCCGCAUCCUAAAAACAGAACAAGGUCUUCUGAUCCGCUCACUGCAGUCCUCUGACAGCGGCAUCUAUCAGUGCACAUCCACAGAGAAAAACUUCAAACACACGCUUGUCAAACUGCAGCUUGUGGUCCUUUCCAGUCGCACAGUCAACAACGUUUUGGUGGAAACAGGCAGCCCGGCCCUCCCUCCGCUGCAUUCCAGUGCCUGGACUCCGAGCGCUGGACAGUACAAGGACCUGCUGACCAUCCUAAGCCAGCCAGAGAUGGGCCUGAUCAACCAGUACUGCCAGGAUUACUGGCAACUUGGAGAAACCAGCGUUGGAGACAACAAAGCCAAAAGCCUGAACGAGCUGAAAGAACAAAAGAAGCCUCGCAAUCGUCGGCAUCAUGACGAGCAAACAACUCCAGCUGAGACAUGAGGAGCUUAUCAUACUCCAACACCCCCACUCUCCCUUUUCACACCACCUCCUAAACACUGCAACCCUCCUUUUCGGGGGAUUGACUCCAAUUAGAAAAAUCUAAUUAUCAUAACAGACAAGACAGCAAAAGCAUCAAACAGUUAGUAACUGUUGGGAAAAAAUACACAAUAUUUAUUGUAGGUUGUAAAAAGUAAUUCUUUGUACCUAUCUAGAAAACAUGUUUUUUUGUGAAUAGGAAAAUCUGUGCAAAUAUUGUUGUUAUUGUAAUAUUAUUGUUAGUGUUAUUGUUUAUUACAACGUGUUAUUAUGUUGAGAAUACAUUUAUGUUUGGUGUUUUUGAGAAACAGCAACAAUAACCCAGGACAUUGGGAGUAUCCACACAUGGACACGGGCCGCUGAACAUGUAUUCAGAAACUGUUAAACAUGUUGGAUCACUUGACUGCUGGCAGUAUUCAGUGUCUAAGCUGGAAGUCGAGUCGCUGGAUCAGUGAAAUUCUCAAAUUUCCCCGAACUUCUUCACCAGAACUUUGUACUUUAUAGCAGCAACAUACAAGCUGUUGAUGAUGCUGAUGAUAAUAAUGAUGGCAUUUCUUGGGACACGCAAGGAUUAAAGCAAUGCCCGCAGACUGCAGCUCAUAAAGGCCCAUGUUAAUGAAAGGCCCUUUGUGGCAGGUACGUCUCUCCUUUCAUGUUGUGGUCCAGCCUGGCCUCAAGUAACGAUGUUGUAUCACCCGCCCAGAUUCUUCCAAAAUCAGUUGCUGCCAAGUGUUUGUUUUGUUUAUAUGUGAAUAUCACAUCUCAGUGUUGUAUCCUUAACAAGCGUGAUCUUUGUGAUAAGUUGUUCUUUUCUUGGGGGGGGGGGGGUCUUUUGAAGACACAAAAGCUGAAAAUAUAACAUUGCCUUCUCUUUUCUCUUUUGAGAUAAGAAAUUCCAGCAGGCAGCUAUAUGUGUGUUUGUGACAGUUUGUGAUAAAAAUAUAUAUAUAUUAGAGACGAAGCACCUUCUGUUGCCAAAUUGGUAAGAAACAGUAAAUGCUUCACAUGUAUCUGUGGCAUAUGCAGUGUAUUCAUAUAAGGCAGAGCAUGCAGUUUGUAUGUUCAAAGGUUGUUUUCUUCAGCUCGCAAUGAAUCCAAAGUUUGCAUUCCUGCCAGUUUCAUGCGAAAUAUUGGUUUCACUGAGUGAAUAUUAUACACAUAAUCAGUCUACAUUUCUAUUAGAUUACAGCCACAAGUGUGCUGAUUUGCAUUGCUGUGGGAACAGAAUACUUUGAUUGGUGCUCUAUUUACUGUAUCAGCUGGUUAAAAACAGAGCUUUCACAGUAAACUUUUUUUGUCAGUGCAGUGCCAUCCUGCUAUGAUACGUGCCACAGACUUCAUAUAAAACUGUUUGUACUGAGCAUCUUCCAUACUGUAAAAAAUAAAACAAAUGCCACUAACAAGCUGAUCACCGCCAAACCUGGAGAGAACAUGUACCAAAACCUUCAGAAGGUGGCUUUUCAUUGUGCAUGGCAUGUACAGUGUAUGUAUAUGGUAUUUGUCUAAAAUGCUAUGUUGCUGUGGAUGUCUGUGAAUGUCUUUCUUGUUGUGGGAAUAUGGAAACCUUUUAUGGCGGAAAAUGCUGAGAAUACAGAAAGGUCAGAUUGGGAUUUUAAAUCCUCUCUCUCUCAUGCUCAUUCUCUCUGUGUCUCUCUCUCUCUGUCUUUAAGUCUAUUCUUUCUUUCUCUUGUUCUCAAAUAUUUGCAAAACAAAUUUGCAUAUAUUUCCAACAUGUGCAUCUAUUUUAUUUUCUCUGUUUGGCAGACUUUGCUCUGGGUCAUUGAGGUAAAAUAAUGUAUGAUAUGAUGCACAGUUGAUGUUAUUGUAAUGACUUGUAAAAAUUACUAUCUAUCUUUUCUUCCUCAUCAAUGUUGCUGACUAAUAAAUUAAAGCUCUAUAUUUUAUAAUAACA